GUCAAGAGCACACUGCUGCUUGUGGGGACGAACGUGACUCCCCCCGGCAUCUCCGCAUCUCUGCAAGCCGAGCUCGCCGCGACCUUCGGAAUGGAUCUGGACGCCGUGGAGGUGCUCUCGAUCAAGGCGGCUCUUGCGGCCAUGUUCUACCCGGGCCGCUCAUUGAGCGACGAGGAGCUGGGUCCCUCGGCAAGGCGAACGCAGAUGACUGUAAUGGAGCCAGCUUUGGAGACAGACUUUCAGCUCCUAUUACCGGUGACGGAGGAGGACACCUCCAUGACGAUCGACGAGGCGAUGUCCGCCAUCUCUGCAGUGCAAGACUCCCCGGAGUCACUGAGCAGCCGAAUGGGCCAGGUGCUGGAGUCGUUCGGCCUCAUCUCACGACAGAAC